CUGCCUUAAUAAGACUACCACCAGACAGUUCCAAUGGAGCGAGACGGUCUGUCAUAAGGAGGCCUCAAUAUUGAAACAUAUAUUUACUAACGGUGUUUAAUACUGACAACACACCUGUUUACCUGAGAGCGGCUAUAAACGAGAAAUUGAUUUUUGUAGUCCUUGACACCAAGUGAAGCUACGUUGAUAUCAAUGUGUAUGUGGACUACGUAAAACAGACAGAAGAUCGGUGAUUAAUAUUUAAUUCACCCGUCCUUACACGGAGAUAUACAGUUAAUGUAAAGUGUAGUGUUGGGACAAAAUGGUCGCCAUAUUUUUAUAGAAAAGUCUGUGAUCGGUUGAACAGGACAGGGAUAUACUCGCAUGUAGAUAACAACUCGCCGUCUUUCUAUAGGAUACCCGUCAUUAUUCCUACAAAAUGGCGACGCCUGAUGAAACGAAGUACGGAUUCGGUAUUUCCAUUGCCGUUAUUGCGGUUCUAACACUUGUCUUCAAUGUGUUGUUUCUCUUCGUAUUUUUUCGACGAAAGCGAAUGAGGAUUCCGGCCAAAUAUUUUGUGGCGAACCUAGCCUUCGUGGAUAUUUUAGGGGCCGGAUUCUGGACAUCGUUCAGUGUGCUAGCUGUAUUGGAUGACGGCUGGAGCCUGUCAUUCGACAUUUGUAAACUACAACAGUUCUUUGCUAACUUUUGUAUCCUCAUAAACAUGCACACGUUAUUAUUUCUUGCUUUUGAAAGGGCUUUGAUGAUCUACAAACCCUCCCGCCAUUUUGAAAUAUUUCAAAGGCUCGUUAUGAUCAUUGCUAUCGCUGCCCUUUGGACAUUUGAUGUGAUCUUGUCGCUGUUUCCAGUCUCGGGUUGGGGGGAAGUGGCUUAUUUCACCAACCAGUACCAAUGUGCUAUGAACUACGACGAAAACGUCCGACAAAUGCACUUUUCGACUGCGAUCACAUUCGGAAUACCUAUUGUUUUUCUGGCAUUGUGUUACGUAUUGAUUUUCAUUCGUAUUAAAAAGUUGCGUGAAAAUAUGUCACCAGAAGGUGCCAUGACACUCGAAGUGAAUGACGUAGCUUCCGGUGAUACGUAUUCAGCAAGACUCAAACGCCAACAGCUGAAGUUCCAGGAUGCCGGUAGGAAACGGAAGAAGCCAACUAUUGGUAAGGUGGUACGUUAUACCGAGGACGGAUACGAAAGCAACGAAUCUUCUACUGACGAGGAAGAUGAAAAAGAAAACAUAACAAAGAAACCUGAACCGGAAGGAAUGAAACGAGUGUACUAUUUGUCAAAGAGAGACUACGAGCUAGUGAAGACGUACUUGAUAACCACCUUUGUCGUGAUCUUGCUGUGGUACCCCCACAUCAUCAUCACCUACGUCGAUCUCUAUGAAAGGAAUGUCGUCAUUUCCGCUAACGUCAUCCGGGUUCUCGUAUGGAUGACCCAUGCCGCGGCCUUUGUCAAACCAAUCAUAUAUUUUCUCCAUAACACAAACAUGCGCAUGCAUCUCAAAAAGUCGUUUUGUAAGCGUGACAAGUACAAACGAAUUAGUAAGAAAUCCGACAAGUAUGCCGGAAAUGAUGAUGAAAAUGGAGAAGCACAGACGGGCCCUGAACCGGAAGCUUAAGAACACCAGUGACAUUUUGAGCGAUAUGUUGAUUCGAUAAAGAGCCGGUCUCUUAUGUUGUAGGUUUCAAUAGCUGCUUAGUAGUUAGUGUAUCUGGUGUAUUUGCCCAACACUUCAACAUUGUGUUGAGGAUUUAUUAUGGUCUAUAUACUAUUCAUAGACUCGUGUAUUAUUAUAACAAACAGUGAGACUAAGCUUACGUAAUCACCGCAGAAUUUUUGAAUGGUGGAUUAUCAUGCCCCUGUGGUCAUCAGGAUGGAUUAUCAUGCCUCUGUGGUCAUCAGGGUGGAUUAUCAUUCCCCUGUGAUCAUCAGGGUGAAUUAUCAUGCCCCUGUGGUCAUCAGGGUGGAUAAUCAUGCCCUGUGGUCAUCAGGAUGGAUUAUCAUGCCUCUGUGGUCAUCAGGGUGGAUUAUCAUUCCCCUGUGAUCAUCAGGGUGAAUUAUCAUGCCUCUGUGGUCAUCAGGGUGGAUAAUCAUGCCCUGUGGUCAUCAGGAUGGAUUAUCAUGCCCUGUGGUCAUCAAGGUGGAUUAUCAUUUCCCUGCUAUCAUCAGGGUGGAUAAUCAUGCCUCUGUUGUCAUCAGGAUGGAUAAUCAUGCCUCUGUGGUCACCAGGGUGGAUUAUCGUGUCCUGUGGUCAUCAAUGUGGACCAUCAUGCCCUUGUGGUCAUCAGGGUGGAUUAUCAUUCCCAUGUGGUCACCAGUGUAGAUUAUCGUGCCACUGUGGUCAUCAAGGUGGGUGAUCAUUCCCCUGUGGUCACCAGUGUAGGUUAUCGUGCCACUGUGGCCAUCAGAGUGGGUUAUCAUACCCCUGUGGCCAUCAGGGUGGGUUAUCAUUCCCCUGUGGCCAUCAGGGUGGGUUAUCAUGCCCCUGUGGCCAUCAGGGUGGGUUAUCAUUCCCCUGUGGCCAUCAGAGUGGGUUAUCAUGCCCCUGUGGCCAUCAGGGUGGGUUAUCAUGCCCCUGUGGCCAUCAGGGUGGGUUAUCAUUCCCCUGUGGCCAUCAGGGUGGGUUAUCAUUACCCUGUGGUCAUCAAGGUGGAUUAUCGUGUCCCUGUGGUCAUCAGGAUGGAUUAGCAUGCCCCUGUGGCCAUUAGAAAGUACGUAGUGCAUGUUCCUGUAGAUCAGUUUUCCAUGCCUGCUUGUAAUAAUCAUAUGUUGAUGUAACGCUAAAUGUAUGUAUCUCUCGUGGUAGGUAAAGCUGAAACAAUCUAUAUCCUACUAUCAAUAAAACCAGGAUCCAUAUUAUCUAUCAAGAUGGUUCAGGCCAGACUUCAAGUUAUCUCGCAAUUUAGAUAAGAACUAGCCUUCAUGUUGUCUCUCAAGACACGAGCUCCCAAGACUACUAACACUUUCCUCUCUCGAGAGGUGAGUACUUCUGUGAUAUAAGGGUGGGGUGGUAAUUUUGUUUACUUUUUUGUCAUUUACAUUUAUGCAGGUCAUAAUAUUGUUAAUAACAUUUCCACGAUAACGUUUGAAUACUUUUUAGAUUUUUUUUUAUAAAUAAAUAUCUUUGAUUUAAAAAGUACA